AAAAUAAAUAAAUAGACCUCUGCCUAGAAAACCAACAGAAACCAUUGGCGCCCACUUUAAUUUGUUUAUGUGUACCAUCCAUCAUGAUGAUGAUGAUGAUGAUAUAUGUAUACACAGAGGCCGAGAUUACAUUCCCUCUAGCAUUCAUUAGGUGUUCAAUUCAAUGGUUUUCUAAACAAAAUGGUAUCUUCUUCUUCUGCUGCAGCAGGAAAACACGGUUUCAAGAAAUCCACCCUCAUUUUAUCUCUUGUAGCCCUGCUUGGGAUCGCUUCAACGAUCGAUUUCCUCUGGGCUUCUUCUUCUUCUUCUUUCUCCUCAUAUUUAUCAAUUGCAUCCAACCACGUUUUUGUGGUUCCACAUGAGACGCAUAACACCCAAAUACUAAAGAUAGCAGAUGAUAAAGUAGGCAAGAAUCAUAAUCCUGAACGGGUAUUAUCAGCUACAUUUGCUGAUUUACCUGCUCCAGAAUUAGAAUGGGAGCAGAUGCCCUCAGCACCUGUACCUCGUUUGGAUGGUUCUGCAAUUCAGAUCAAGGAUCUUCUAUACGUGUUUUGCGGAUAUGGAACGCUUGACUAUGUGCACUCACAUGUGGAUAUAUACAAUUUUACGGAGAAUAGGUGGUGCGGAAGAUUUGAGACACCGAAAGAAAUGGGAAAUUCACAUUUGGGAGUGGCAACUGAUGGAACAAGAUAUGUAUAUAUUGUGUCUGGACAGCCAGGUCCUCAGUGCGGGGCUCCUACAUCUCGUUCGUUUGUGCUUGACAUUGAGACCAAAAAGUGGGACAGCCUUCCACCAUUACCAGCACCUAGGUAUGCUCCAGCAACUCAGAUUUGGAAAGGAAGACUCCAUGUAAUGGGUGGCAGCAAAGAGAAUCGGCAUACACCUGCAACAGAUCAUUGGAGUAUUGCUGUGAAGAAUGGUAAAGCAAUUGAGAAUCAAUGGCGGAAAGAAAUACCCAUACCACGUGGGGGACCGCACAGGGCUUGUAUUGCCGUUGAUGAUAAGCUUUUCGUUAUUGGUGGUCAAGAGGGUGAUUUUAUGGCAAAACCAGGAUCGCCUAUCUUUAAGUGCUCAAGGAGGCUUGAGGUGGUUUAUGGGGAUGUUUAUAUGAUGAUUGAGGGUGAAAUGAAGUGGAAGGUAUUGGCCCCUAUGCCAAAACCCGACUCCCAUAUAGAAUCCUCUUGGAUUGUAUGGAACAACUCCAUUGUUAUUAUGGGAGGCACUACUGAGAAGCACCCACUCACUAAAAGGAUGCUCUUAGUCGGAGAGAUCUUCCAAUUUCAUUUGGAUACACUGCAAUGGUCGGUGAUUGGAAAGCUCCCAUACCGUGUAAAAACAACAAUGGCCAGUUUCUGGGAUGGCUGGAUUUAUUUCACAUCAGGACAGAGAGAUAGAGGACCUGAUAAUCCACAGCCUAAAAAAGUCAUCGGUGAAUUGUGGAGGACCAAGUUGGGCUGAGCAGUGAUGAGUGAUGUCAUCUGUUUCCUCCUCCUACUCUCAUAAUAGGCUUUCUGCUUUUAUCUAGUUUAGUUUAGUUUAGUUUUCACAACAUGUUUGAUCAAUUGCACGUCAUUUUCAAUGAAUGAAAUGAUCAUGUAAAUAUUAUCAUUUUUGUAGUUGAAGCUUCACCACCACCUUACUCUGAUAAUGUUAUGUCCGAUGUUUUCUCAAUA